AUGAAUACACAACUGCUGCAAGAUUUUCCAGAGCUCAGUCACCUUCCGCGAGAAGACCUGGAAGACAUGCUCGCCGAUCCCAUGUACUUUCAGGCGGUGUUUUACUCUCUCCCGAGGGUCAAGGCCUUGUAUCAAGCACAAAGGGAGUUAGGCAUGGCGAAUGAAUCCCUUGCUAACAAGAACCUCGCGCUUCAACAAGACCUCUACAAGCUGAGGUCGGACACCAAGAACGCCUUCGACGAAGCAAAGUCACUGGAGGCCAGAUGGAAGGAUCUGGAAAGAGAGCAACGAGAAAUAUACCAGCGAUUAACUCCACAAUUCCUCCUAAUGAGACUGCGACACGCAACGACCGCUCAAGAUGAAUUAUCCGAGACCUUGGCAUCUGCAUUUAUUGCCUCGUCGCCUGGUCACGACGCUGCUGGUGUCUCGAACGCAUCAGGGACGUCCAAUGGCCGAGACGUCGAAGAAUUCGUCAGAGAUUUCAAAGAACUACGCAAGGUUUACCACAAGAGGAUGAUGUGGGCUGAUCGCUGGACUUCCGGGCAGGUGGCUUGGAGAGACGAUUGA